UUGUCCCUCACGGCGGCGGCGGCGGCGGUGGCAGGAGCCGGACGGGCGGUGCCGCCGCGGGGACCCGCCCGCCCCGCUCCGCCCGCGCCCCCCGGGCACAGCCCGCCGGCCGUGAGGGCUGUGCCGCGCUGCCCCCCCGCCCCGGGGCGCUAUGAGCCAUGAAGCCGCCCGGCAGCAUCUCCCUGCGGCAGCCUGGCUGCGGUGGCCGCUGCCGCCCCGCGCUCCUGCCGCUCCUCGGCCGCCUCGUCUCGCUGCUCCUGCUCCUCCAUGGCUCCUCCUGUCCCCGGGCCCGCGCGGCUGCGGCGGCCGCCGGCCUGCAUUGGAAUGAAACAGCAAGCGGUAUAGAGGGAGAACUGGCAGAUGAAGAGAAUACAUUUCAACAGAGUAACAGCAGUAACAGUAAAAAUAACAGCUACAGCAAUGCAAUACAGAAAGAAAUCACACUGCCUUCAAGACUAAUCUAUUACAUCAACAAAGACUCUGAGACCCCUUACCAUAUCCUCGAUACUAGGGCAAGGCACCAGCAAAAACAUGACAAGGCUGUACAUCUGGCCCAGGCAAGUUUCCAGAUCGAGGCCUUUGGCUCCAAAUUCAUCCUUGACCUCACAUUGAAUAAUGACUUGUUAUCUUCCAAUUAUGUGGAGAUUCACUAUGAAGAUGGAAAACCAAAGUUUUCUAAGGGGGGAGAGCAUUGUUACUACCACGGAAAUAUCAGAGGUAUCAAGGAUUCCAAAGUUGCUCUUUCGACUUGUAAUGGACUUCAUGGCAUGUUUGAAGAUAGUACUUAUUUGUACUUGAUAGAACCGAUGGAACUGACCCACAGUGAAGAAAGUAAAAGUAGGCCACAUAUCAUCCAAAGAACUUACGGAACACAAGCCUCCAAGCAGUUGCAGGACCUUGAGACUGACUCUAGUUCUGAAUGGCCCUUUCUGUCUGAACUUCAGUGGCUGAGGAGAAAGAGAAGAAAGAGAGCAAUAUCUCGUGGUGUCUUCGAAGAAAUGAAAUAUCUGGAGCUCAUGAUAGUCAAUGACCAUAAAAUGUUCAAAAGGCACCGUUCUUCAAAUGCAUACACAAACAAUUUUGCAAAGUCUGUGGUAAAUCUUGUAGAUGCUAUAUACAAGGAACAGCUGAACACCAGGGUGGUUCUUGUUGCUGUGGAAACUUGGACAGACCGAGAUCGUAUUAAUAUUCACCCGGACCCUCUGCAGAUGCUCCACGAUUUCUCCAAAUACCGACAGCACUACAUCAAACAGCACGCUGAUGCUGUGCACCUGCUCUCGAAUGUGACAUUUCAUUACAAAAGGAGCAGCUUAAGUUACUUUGGAGGGGUUUGCUCUGUGGCCAGAGGAGUUGGAGUAAAUGAGUAUGGCCUGCCUUUGCCCAUGGCACAGGAACUAGCACAAAGUCUUGCUCAGAACCUUGGAAUACAAUGGGACCCAGCUACAAGGAAACCGAAGUGUGACUGCACUGACUCCUGGGGUGGUUGCAUCAUGGAGGAAACAGGGGUAUACCAUUCCAGGAAAUUCUCCAAAUGCAGCAUUGCAGAAUACAAAGAAUUUUUACUUCGUGGGGGAGGUGCCUGUCUUUUUAACAGGCCAACAAAGCUCUUUGAGACCACAGAGUGUGGAAAUGGAUAUGUAGAAGCAGGAGAAGAAUGUGAUUGCGGUUUCCGAAUGGAAUGCUAUGCAGACUGUUGUAAGAAGUGCUCUCUUUCUAAUGGAGCUCAUUGUAGUGAUGGACCCUGCUGUAAUACAUCAUGUCUUUUUUUCCCACGAGGUUACGACUGUCGAUAUGCAGUGAAUGAAUGUGAUAUUGCAGAGUUCUGCACUGGGGAUUCUGGACAGUGUCCACCGAAUCUUCAUAAACAAGAUGGGUAUGCCUGUGAUUCUAAUCAGGGUCGUUGCUAUAAUGGUGAAUGCAAGACAAGAGAUAAUCAGUGCAAAUAUAUCUGGGGAUCUAAGUCUUCAGGAUCUGACAAAUUUUGUUAUGAAAAGCUUAAUACAGAAGGCACAACAAAGGGAAACUGUGGAAAAGAUGGAGACCGAUGGAUUCAGUGCAGCAAACAUGAUGUUUUCUGUGGCUUUUUGCUCUGUACUAAUCUUACUAGAGUUCCACGAGUUGGUCAAGUUCAAGGAGAAAUUAUCCCAAAUUCUUUUUAUCAUCAAGGACGCAUAGUGGACUGCAGUGGUGCUCAUGUUCUUUUAGAUGAUGAUACAGAUUUAGGUUAUGUGGAGGAUGGAGCUCCAUGUGGACCUCAAAUGAUGUGUCUGGACAAAAAGUGCCUGCCAAUUCAGUCCUUGAACAUAAGCAGCUGUCCCACUGGUUCUAAUGGAAAAGUCUGUUCUGGUCAUGGGGUUUGUAGUAAUGAAGCCACUUGCAUUUGUAAUUUCUCCUGGGCUGGGACAGACUGCAGCAUUGAUGAUCCUGUCAGGGAUACUGGUGGCAAGAAGGAGGAAGGACCCAAGGGUCCUAGUGCCACCAAUCUUAUAAUAGGCUCCAUCGCUGGUGCCAUCCUGGUAGCAGCAAUUGUCCUUGGGGGGACAGGAUGGGGCUUUAAGUUAUCAGAUGUUCAUAUGAACAUACGGUACUGUGGUGUCAAGUCCAUAUCAAACAAAUGUCAAAAAACGAAGGUUCGAUCCAAGUCAACAAGGCCCUAUCUGAAGAGAUGCCAUUCAAAAAGCUGUUUCUUGCACUACUGGAUUUUGGGUAUGAUGUCUUCACUGUAGCUGCACAGGAACUAAAUCUGUAAGGAAGAACUUGAGAAACAGUAACUAAACACAAUAUUGGGAUGUUGGAAUUUGAGUUGAUAGAACACUGUCCUUUUUGGAGAUAAGUUGGAAAUACUUCCUCUAUUCACCUUUCUCUUGUUAACAUUAACUGACAAGUGUUACAAGCAAACUGUUUCAAAAUCAGGUGUUUUUUUUUCCUCAAACAAAGGAGACACACAGACCAAGUGCAAUAAGAGAACUGCUCCAAAAUAAUGGAAUAGCAGAAGAUUCUUUUCCCAGCCUGCUGGCACUCUUAACUUCACUUGAGUUCGCAUGACUUCCUUUUUCUUAUCAAACUCCAGUGGCAUGAGGAGCUAAUUUUGAAAGGGUAACCUGCAUGGCUCACAUACAAACAACCAAGUUAGAAGCUGACCCCAAGCAAAAUCUGCAGCCCAAUAAAUAUAAAUCACUGGGAAGCCAGUGCCAGGCUUCGAUAGCUUUUCCAGCCACGCAGUGCAUUCUGCUGCUGGACUUGAGGGUUCCCUGCUCCGUGAGCUCGCUGUCCACCUUGUUUUGGUCUCCUAGGUCAGGAGUCUGUUAGUUAUGGAAGCUAGUGAAUGAUGGAUGGAAUUUUUCCAAGAAAGAAAAAGUGUAAAUAUGGAAAUAAGAUUUUGAUGUAUCAUUUUCACAGAUUAUAUAUAAAUAUAUAUAUAAAAAAGAGAAAAGAAUUUCCAUAUAAAAAGGUUCUAUUCUUUAUGUAAAUCUAUUUUUGAUGUUGGGUUUGGUUUUGGGUUUUUUUUCCUCCCCUUUUUUUCUGUAGCAUGUUGUACAGCGGAUGUUCUGGGCUUGCUCAAAAAAAGGCAGUAAUAGCAUGCAGAUGCAGGGAGUUCUGACACCAAACAGAUGUGAUCUAAAGUUUGUAUGCUUGAAACCAAAAACAAUUAAAAUGUAUAAAUGCAUAUCUAUGUAUUGACUAUAAGUCUGGAUUACUUUUUUUGGCUCUUAUGCAGACUUUUCCAUAAUAUAGGAUAAGUAACACCCUCUCAAGAUAAUCACAGAAGUGCCAAGCUCUUUUUUUUUUUUUAAGUGUAGCUAGUUUUUUUCCUGUAAAAUAAAAACUUAAAUAAGCCUUAAAAUACUCGCAAAAUGUUAAAAGCUUGGAAUGAGUUAUUCUUCUCUUGCCUUCUGGCCAUCCACUCAAAGCAACUCGCAAAGGUGACUGACAUUUCUAACUCACUCCCUGUAUCUCUUUGGUGCAUCUCACUUUUCAAAGUUUAAUGCAAGAUUAAUACUUUGACCCUUGGCUGCUGAUAGCCAGUUACCAUCACAACGUGUACAGAAUGCCAUGUAAUUUCAGGGGGUUGUGUGUUGUUAUUACUUUUAGAUACACCUUGCGUACGAGCAGAUUUUUGCAGAGAAGUCCUGGGCAGCAGUACCGUGCCCCAGGAACCAGGCUAGCCUGGCUGCAUCUGCCUUGAGAAAGAUCUGGGCAGAUGUCUAGGCCUCCCUAAAAGUAUAGAGCUGUCCAGUCUGGCUCAUCCUUUGCAUCUUGGCUUAAAACAGGUAAUUUAGUUUGUGUAAGUGAAGUGACCUGAAAAUUUAAUUGCUGCGUCUGAUAAUCAGAAUUAAAAACUUUUGUAAUUUUGGCUUUAAUUUAAAGGUUGAAUAUUAGUAACAACAGAAGCCCAGUUACAUUACAUACUCCAUCUUUGUUCAGUGAAAUCCAUUACCCAAGUUAGCUUUAAGAGCCAAAACAUUAAGAAAAUGCUGCAGAUUUCCUGUGACUUAGAAAACAUAAUUUCAGGUUUUUUUCUUAUUAUGAUAAUGUUCAAUUCAACAGUCUCACAAAAGAGCUACAAUAUAUUGUUUUGCUUGACAGUUAUUAUUAAAUAUUUUUAAUCAGCUUUAACAUAAUCACAUUAACACAACUACAUUAUGAGUUAAAGGUGCUGCACACAGGUAGUUGACAUUUCUAUGAAUUAUAAAUCUUAUUCUGAAAAAUUCCUGCCUGGUUUCAAGCAAAAUUACAUUAGUGACAAUCCUUUGAUGGCAAACCAAAAAUACUUGCAACUAUAUUAUGGUUAUCUAAAAAUGCUUUGCUUCAAAACAUCCAAUUUUGUUAGGGUUCUGCUUCCAAAGCAAGCAUAACCCACAACAGAAACACUAGUGGUUACCAAAAAUAAAAAUAAGUAAAAUCAACUGGACAUACAUAAACUACCUGUGUAAUAAACCUUGAAGAAGCAUUUCACAAACAACAUUGUUAGUGUGUGAUGUGAUGUUUUAAAUCAGACCACAGUGGUCCCCAACUACUAUGAACAUAUGUUCAGUGCUGGAGUAACUUUUUUAUUUACACCAGCCCUUUCAUAGGACUUACAAUUUCUUGACUGAAUUUAUGCUUCACUCAUCAGCCACUGUGUGUACGUGGAGGAACACAUUUGCUUUUUGCCCUGUGUGUGCCCAGCACAAGUGACAACACAGCUCAGAGUAGGUACUGGAUGAAGUGCUUCCCAUGGCAGUAGAUAAAAAAAUUGGGUUUGGUAGGUGUUGAUUUUCUACAUCCCACCUUUGCUAUGCUUUGGGAAGUGCAUAUCCAUUUAGUGUUACUUUGUUCAUUGCAAAGUGUCAUCAAAAGAAGACUGGGUUGACUCCGCCUCCAUUUCAUCCACUCUACAUUUGCUCCAUUAUUUACCUACUCAGCUGGACAAGAAACUGUGGUAACUGUAUAGCUCAUUCCAGUUUGCUGCAUGAUCUUAUGAUUUGAUCUGAUGCUCCUAAAAGAGAAGUCUGCUAGGCAAAUUAACAGCUGUAUAGGUGCAUGUUCAAAGAAAAAGAUUACUUAAGGCUGGAGUUUAACGAAUUUUUCUUUACUAUGCAAAGAUGGGUAUUGCACAAACAGAUGAGACAAAUGUCUGAGGAAAUGCCAUAGAAUACUUGAAGCUAUGUUUUAAGCCUAAUCGGUCAUGUUUUAUAUUCAUUACUGCUUCCACUGUUACUCUUCCUUUUUAAAAUGAUUUGUAAUUAUUUUUUUAAGUGCACAACUUGAUGUUGUUAUAAAUCAAGUUUCUGUUUGAAGUUAAUACUCAUUCAUAUCUUGUUGGCUGCUAAUGAAUGGAAAUUCAAUAGUCCUUGUUCUGCAUAUUAGCAAGAUGAGUAUUAAAAAUGUCAUGAACAUGGAA